GCUCGCGCAGGGUCGAGCGCGCGUGUCCGCUUCAUCGUGCGGUAUAUACGCGGUGUGGAGCAGUAGCACCGGCACCACCAUCAGCACCACCAGCCAGCAUUCAGCAGCAGUAGCCGCGACGCGGCUGAAGGGGCUUUCGGGAUGCCGUCGUCGUCAUUGUCGUCGCGUUAAGUCCGUCGCGGCUAAUCGCGUCGAUCGUAAUCAGUCGUUUCGCGUUGUUCUCGAGUUCGUGUCGGAUCAGGUGCGGGUGCGUCGCAAUUUAUUCCGUGGAGCAAUCCCGAGUUGACACAGCGGCGAACUCUCGGAACUCUCGCGCAGUGGGGACAUCGGCGAUCCCGGGUUCCGUUCCUUCCGCGCUCGUCGUUUCCGCAGGUGCGCGAUUCUCCCGAUUUUCUUUCCUCCCUCGAUUGGAUCCAGUCACGGAUCCUAUCGCGCGUGAUCGGUUGCGGGACGAGUUGCGGCGCGAGUUCUCGUCUCGGCUGUUCUUGUCCUGCGGGACGUUCCGAAGGGCGAGGGGAAGUUCGGGAUCGGUCCUCGCCGGUCGGGUAUGUUCUUGUGUCACAUGAUAACGUGCACGAGGAAGAUUGGAGCAUUUGAUGCUGACGACGACCCGAGGAGUCACGUGAUUCCCAAGUUUUCUCGGCGGACGUUGCGGUUCUGAAUUCGGACUUUUGUUCGUCACGUGUGAACGUGACGUGCUAAUGUCGUGUAUUAGUGACGUAUGCAAUUCUAUUGUCGCCGGAAUUCCUCAUGUCAUGGUGUUGGGCGACCCAAAAGUUAAAACGAAAAUUGCGCAAUCAUUAAUUUUUUUCUCGUGCCUUGACAUAUUGCGCGCGAUGAAAUUAACUUAAUAAAUCAUUUUUAAAGCGACAUAAAUCUGUUAUUCAUGAAUCUAAUAUAUUUCAUGUAAAAUAAAUUUUAAAAAUAAUAUCGUAUUAGAUUUUUAAAUGUUUAAUUAGAUAAAUUUUAAUAGUACCGAGAAGCUAAAGUGCAGGUAAACGUGCGCGAUAUUAUUGAAUACUUCAUCUGUAUUUCUGGCGCUAAACAGUAUUAAGGCUCAUCCGAAAAAAUUUAUAGUGAAAUAGAAAAAUAGAUCAAUUUUUAUUGUCGUGGGAGCAAUCUCAUAUCAAGAAUUUAUAUUGCUUUCAGAUUAAUCCGUUCUAUAGCUGCUAACCCAUCGAUUUAUUGAAUAUAAUUUGCUCUGAUUUGACUUGACGCUGAUUUCGUAAUAUCGCUGUCUGUGAGUUUACUAUUUUUACGUGAAAUUGAGGAAUGACGGAGGAUGCUUCAAAUCGGAUUAUGCUUUACGCGAUAAUGAGACCUGAUGCGCGUAAUUUUCCCGCGAUGAGAGAAAGAGGGAGAGAGAGGCAGGUACACACGUGCUCUCUUUUUCGGCAUUGAUUAACGAUUCGGUCUCGGUUCAGUUCGUAUGGAUUCGUACGAAAUUCGAUGGCGUGCAGAUCGUUCGGUAGAUUUAUGACGUACAUUGACGAUCGUUUGCUCGGCAACCGCCUGUCCCGGAAGUAUAAUAUUUCCGAAUCGAUCGUACAUUGCCGAUCAGAAGCCGCGAAUAAUCGCAUUGUCACCGUCGUGUACCAUACGCAUGAUUGCGCCGAUAAAUCUUUGACGCUUGAUGCGAAGGGCAGAAACCGGGGUACAUUCGCCUGUUCGAGAGAGACGUGAGAAGAAAUUUAAAUAUCAGUCAUGAAUCAGAGAGGACAUUAUCAAAUAUUAGUUAUUAGUAUAUAAUAAUAAUUGUAUCAUUUUUACAAUUAUUGGAAUAUUUUUUUACUAUUACAAUUUAUGCAAAAUUUAAUUUAACUUCUUCGUACGCGGUUGUUAAACAUUCUGAGAAAGGAGCGAUUACUUUUUCAAUUCGUAAAAACUUAGAUUAAGAAAAAGAUUUUAAAAAAGACACGCGUAAGUGUGGAAAUACUCGUAAGUCUCUUUCGGAAAUAUGAAUAUAGAUUUUCAAGAAAGGCAAUCGUGCAUCGAGUUCUUUCUAUCAAGCGUCAAAGAAGUCACGCGAUUGUACUGUCGAAGUCGUCAGCACUAAUUGCUCAUUCUGUCCGAAAGCCGCCGUUCUCCUAAAUAUAUCCGAUUGAAAAACACCAGGGGGCGAAAAUAACUCACGUGUGCCCCGGCGGCGAUCCGUCCCGACACGGUGGAAACGCAACGGUGAGAUAUCGCGCGAUUUUAUAAUUCGCCGCGUGAGGAUUUUCGUGAGAGUGCAGUGAAAUAGAUGUUUCAUGGACACCCGGACAUCGCGCUGGUAACACCAUCGAUCCAUUGAUAGUCGCGACGCGAUCGGAGGUGAUUCGAGGAUCGUCGAGGACGAUAUGUCCCCGGAGGUCCACGGGCUCUCGUGAGAAAAUCGUCUCCCAAACUCGAAGCGGACACCGAGCGGAAAAUGGCGGACCGACAAAGGCGAAGCCGAUACUUGACCAUCAGUAUACUGCAUAUUAUCACCAUAAUGUGCCAAGCGCUCUCUGAGCCACCGAUAUUUGCCGAACCUAUACCAAACGUCACAGUAGCCCUAGGAAGGGACGUCAGUCUACCGUGCGUCAUCGAGAACCUCGGCACUUAUAAGGUAGCGUGGAUCCACGUGGGUCGUCAGAUGCUGCUCACCGUUCACAAACACGUGGUCGUGAAAGUGCCCAGGUUUUCCGUGUCGCAUGAUAACCAGAAGACAUGGUUGCUACAUAUCAGCAGCGUGCAACAGGACGAUCGGGGUUAUUACAUGUGCCAAGUGAAUACCAACCCCAUGAUAAGCCAAGUGGGCUUCCUUCAAGUCGUAGUGCCACCGAAUAUAUUGGACUCUCUUUCCACUGAGAGCACCGUGGCAGUGCGAGAACAUCAGAAUAUUACUCUCACGUGCAAGGCUGAUGGUUAUCCACCACCGAAAUUGAUGUGGAAGCGAGAGGAUGGCCAAAUGAUAAGCGUCAGCAAAGCUAAAAAAGUGUCCAUGCAUGAUGGCGAGCAAUUAAACUUGACGAGGAUCACGCGCAGCGAAAUGGGCGCUUACCUCUGCAUCGCGACCAAUGGCGUGCCGCCCACGGUCAGCAAGAGGAUCACCGUGGAUGUCGAAUUCUCGCCGAUGAUCUUCGUGCCGAACCAGCUGGUCGGGGCGCCGACCGGUACGAACGUAACGAUCGACUGUCACACGGAGGCUUAUCCGCGUGCCAUGAGCUACUGGUUUCUGGGUGACGAGAUGAUUCUCUCCACCGACAAGUACACCACGAACAUCAUGGAGAAUAGCUAUCGCGCGCACAUGAGGCUCACCAUCCGGAACUUGACAGCGAGUGACUUCGGUAGCUACCGGUGCAUUAGCAAAAACUCGCUGGGCGAGACCGAGGGAUCCAUCAGAUUAUACCCCAUUCCGAAACCGUCGGCGGCACCGAAGGCGACGGAGAUCAAGAGCAGCGCCAACAAAGAAGGACGACCGAGCACGCCACCGCCAGCAAAAAGGCUGACCACCGUGUGGCCGUCCUCAUACAACCCCUACUAUCCGAAAAGGACAGAGAGACCACCUCCGCCGAGUGAGGAGAGGGUCGAGAGGCCCGAGCAGAAGCUACGUGGUGGCCAAAGUACAGAAGUGCAUACAGUGCAGUCUUUAUGGUUGGGUAGCGGAUGCAAUUGCGAUACUUACCGGACGUUCCAGUUUGAACUAAAUUGACUCGUAGGUAAAUAUUCUUCUUUAUUUUUCCGGCUAUCGGGAAAAAUCAUAGUUUGUUGAUACUAAUAUCCCAAGUAUUAAAACAAUCGAGAAUAAUUAGCAUGGUCAUGUGUGUACAUGCAUACUCGAAUUUUUGAGUAUGGUUUUCUUAAUUGAAUCAGCCAAAUGCAAUCAUACAUAUUAAUGAUUUUUGAAAAAUAUUUAUUAU